UCCUUCUCUCCUUCUCUCCUUCUCUCCUUCUCUCCUCUCUCCUCAGCCUAUCUUCAGUCAGUCCAGGCCACUAUGAUCCUCGCCACCAUCUUGUGCUGCGUCAGCUUCUUCGUCUUCAUCCUCCAGCUCUUCAGACUCAACCAGGGCGAGAGAUUCGUCUUCACCGCCAUCAUCCAGCUCCUGGCCUCUUUAUGCGUGAUGAUCGCUGCCUCCAUCUACACGGCGCAGAAGGAGAGCUUCCACGUGACCAGCCUUCAACAAGGCUCCUACGGCUCCUCCUACAUCCUGGCCUGGAUCAGCUUCCCCAUGACGCUCAUCAGUGGCCUCAUGUACCUGGUGCUCCGGAAACGCAAAUAGAUGCUGACGCUCGAUGACAGUUAUAGGAACACACGGACAGUAAAACAAGAGACGUUUAGUUUACCCUGCAAACAUGCAAACAUGUCUCUGUCACUGCUGGGUUUUAGACCAUCAGAGGUCAAAAUCUGCAUCAACCAAUCAGCAAUAAGUUCACAUCUCAGGUUCAGAACAUGAUGAAAGCUUUUAAAGAUGUAUUUUAAUUCACUCUACAAACUCAAAUAUUCACACAAACUUCUCACUCCUGGUUGAUGAUGUUCUCAGGGAGUGUGAUGAGGAUGCAGUCUUUGCUUUUUGAAGCAAUCUGUCACUGGAAACAUCUGAGAAACACGCUGUGCCUGUAACAUUUAGAGUAUGAGACGCACUUUUUAACACUUAUUUGCAUCCUAUAAACAAGUGCAACCAACAUACCUGCAGAAAAUACAGAGAGGGGUGCUUUACAUAAUACUUUAAUCAGAGGAUGGAGCUGAAAUCUGUCUGUAUGUUUGUCACGGACAUGCCCUGCAAUCAUCACCAGUGCAUCCAACCUGACAU